UGGUAGGCAGCGAUGGCAAAUCAUGCGUGUAUAAAGUUGAAGAUUGGGUCAUCUAUUCUUCGCUUAGGGCAACUUGAUAGGACUUAGCCGCCAGAAUGUGCGGAAUCAUAGGAUUGGUGCAAGCUGAAGGAGUCGAAGACGACGGCAUUAUUCCUAUCCUUGCCGCAGAUGGACUGAUAGCAUUACAGCACAGAGGAACGGAAUCUGCAGGCCUAGUGGGCUCUGAUGGUAGCGAUCGGCAACAUUUAGAGAUUGUCAAAGGCCAUGGUUUAGUUCGCGAUGUUUUCGUGGACGAAAACCUGCGCAAGUUAAACGGGUCUAGAGUGAUUAUUGGACAUAAUCGUUAUUCGACAGCAGGAAAGAAACGACCAGCAAUUAAUUGUGUUCAACCCUUUGUGGUUUAUACUGCAAUCGGGACAAUUGCGAUUGCUCACAAUGGCGAACUUGUGGAUGCAAAAAGGAAAAGAGAACGGGUCCUGCAUCAGGGCGUGGGACUCUCUACUGACACUGAUUCGGAACUGAUUGCUCAGAUGGUGGCCAAAGCUAUUGCACUGAACUACAAAUGUCGAAACGACGAGAAUUGGGGCGAUAUCUCCAAGGAGCUUGCUGUAACGAUGUCAGCAAUCAACAUGUCGUACUCGCUGUUAGUGAUGACAUACGAUCGACUGUAUGCCAUUAGAGAUCCAUUUGGGAAUAGACCUCUAUGCGUUGGCACUAUUCACCAUACAUCGCAGCAGCAGUCAUCUCCCAUAGCGUAUUGCGCAGCAUCAGAGUCAUGCGCACUUCCUGCCACGGCAAGCCUCACUUUCGAGAUCAAAGCUGGUGAAAUAGUCGAGAUAUCACGCAAAGGAAUACGUCCAGUUUUUCAGAUGAAGCCACAAGUCCCUCAGGCUAUGUGUAUCUUUGAAUACGUCUACUUUGCCAGAAACGACUCAAUCUUAGAAGGACAGCAGGUUCAAAGUGUCAGAGAACAGUGCGGCAGGAUCUUGGCCACCGAGAAACCCAUAAAUGCAGAUUUUGUGUCUAAUGUUCCCGACUCAUCAACAGCAGCUGCAGUCGGUUACGCAUCUCAGUCGGGAAUUCCCUAUGAACCAUGCUUUCAUCGAAAUAGCUAUGUUGGACGGUCAUUCAUACAACCAUGCCAUGCUAUGCGACAGUCUGCAAUUCACAAAAAAUUUGGUGUACUGAAGAAAAAUGUGGAAGGCAGAAGAAUUGUACUAGUUGACGAUUCGAUAGUUCGAGGAAACACUAUGCAAGUGCUGGUGCAAAUGUUGUUGAACGCUGGUGCAAUAGAGGUUCAUCUGCGGAUCGCAUCACCUCCAGUGAAAUUCCCGUGUUUUAUGGGCAUCAAUAUACCCACCGCAGAUGAAUUAUUAGCGAGUAACAAAGACUUAGAUGAAAUUACCGAAUAUUUUGGAGCUACAUCCGUGGGUUAUCUAUCUGUGGAAGGAUUGCGGCAGGCCGUGGAAUCUGGGAUUGAAAAAUCAGAGAUCUUCGAUGUUGGUCAUUGCACAGCUUGUCUUACCGGAGAAUACCCAAUGGCAAUAGAAAUCUAGAAUUCAUGCAAACAGAUGAAUUAAUCAUUUCAUGCAUCGCUUUUGCGAAGGUGUUUGGUUGGAGAUUGAAUCCCUUCAGAGGAUUUUGAACUGUAAAGUUAUCUAUGUAUCAUAUUCUAAUUUAUUUGUUGAACAAAUGUUUGUAAAGCUGCUUAGUGGGAAAAAACCAUCUUGUGGAGUCUACUAUUUGAGUGAGCAAAAAUUGUUAAGGUUGCUUAGUGGGAAAAAAUCAUCAGACUGAGUUUUUAUUUAAAGCUAGUUGUUAAAAAUAAAGGAUAAAAGAUUUAGCGUCUUUAAUGCCCUCUGCGAUCAUGAGGUGAACGCACUCUACUUCAUGAUCGAAAAGACAUUCAAUUACGACGUCAGGCC